ACGUAUCUAUUCAAUAACAGGAAGACUACCCGGAAGUAAUCCUGACCGGCAGCCAGAUGUUGCGAGAUAUUAGCUGACACUCAGGGAAAAUGUGGAUUUACAGUGAUUUACUGUGGUCAUGUCAUCUCCGUUUAUAGUUUUAAACCGUCUCAUCAACAGUAUCCAAGUUUACAACUUGAACUGAAUUUUUCUUUUUUUUCCCUGUGUGUAACGGACCACAGAGUAUCACUGUUUGUUUCCUAACAUGUUUGUAAAGCCACACGUGUAAAGGAGCUGGUUUGGAGUUUGUUAACACGGAUUUUAAUGUAUUUUUGAAGGAGACGUCAAAAGAGUUUAAAAGUCAGACUUGUACAAUGCCGAAAUCAUAUCAAAAUAAAGGCGGACGAGGUAUACCGGACAGGUGGCUGGAUUACAAAGCUGUUGGGAAGAGACUUGAAGGGACUCGUUUCAUUGCCUUUAAAGUUCCAUUGAAACCGUCUCUGACUUAUCACCUUCGACCCACUGACGUCUUUGGUCCAUGGGAGCUGCUGGACGCUGUGAACGAAGACCACGGUACACUCGGCCUGAUCAUUGACCUCACGUUCACCUCACGCUACUACAACCUACGGGACUUGCCCACGUCGUUGCUCCAUGAGAAGAUUUUCACUGCAGGCCGCGAGGUUCCCAAUGACGCCACCAUCCUGGACUUCAAACGUGCCGUACGCAGGUUUCUCAGAGUGAACAAAGGCAAUGACAAACUGAUCGGCGUCCACUGCACCCAUGGACUGAACCGCACCGGGUAUUUGAUCUGCAGGUACCUGAUUGAUGUGGAUGGGAUGGAUCCCAAACAGGCUGUAGACUUGUUUAACUCAUCUAGAGGACAUAACAUAGAGAGGGAGGAGUAUCUGGAUGACCUUCAGAACGGACCCAAGAGAAGUAAUGCAGGGAUGGAGGAGUUGAAGCAGGAGCCACUCAGAGGCCUCGCUAGACAGAGGCCGGGUUCCAUGUCAGUGGACGAUGAUGGCGCUCAUGGAUCUUUCCGUUCACACCCCCAGUCCUCUCAGGGGGGCCUUCUGCCCACACCAGCGUUACUCCCCUCUCCUCCGGUCCGUCAACAUAGAGCUUCAUUCCAUCCCUACAGAUGGCAAGCUGCUCGUUCAGAGGCUCAGUGGACUCGACCUGCUCCUCCUGCUCCUUAUGCUCCUUAUGCUGCUUCUCCUCCUCCUCUUCCUUCUUCUUGUCCUCCUGCACUGUUUGCCUCAAACCCUUCAAAUCAGGGCUGGAGCAGAGGCUGGCCCCCUUCGUAUAACAGCUCAGACAAACCUGAGGACGAGUGGACUAGGCCUUAUCAGAGACGACAUCACAGCUACAGAGAGAACAGACAUAAUUACUAUUAGACCUCUGUGUCACAUGAUCACACCAUUCAUGAUCAAAAACAUUCUUGGACGCAUUUGAUAUGGGAUUGAGAGAAGCUGGAGCUCAUCGUGGUUUAUUUAUUUACCUGCUGUAGCUCUGUGGUUCUGGAGUUAGUCUUCAGAGGACGUAGCAGUUACAUCAAAGGCAACUGGAUUGGGCAACUAACUGCUGGGAAGAUUCUGGUAUUGAACCACAGAGAGGGUCGUUGGGAGGACCACACCUAAUACCGAGGGGGGAUGUUGUGCUCACAAGGUUUGAGGUGUGAAUGGGGGGUUAAGGUCCGAUAGGACAUUGGUAUCACCAAAGGAGCAAACAUGGCUGCGUGCCCCUUUGUGUCUGUCCAACUGUCAAAACAUCCCCCCCUUGGUAUUGGGUGGUCACAGUUGGGAGGACUAAGACUCUCUUUAGGUGUUCAGCCUCUCUGAGGUUCAAUUCCAGAAACUUCCUAGGAGCAAAACUCCACUUUUGCUCCUGUUACCCACGACAAUAUGAAGAGACCAUAGGAAGUGUAGAAGAAGUUGAGGUCCAUCAAUGUCGAUGUUUUUUUCCAAGACUUUUCCUCCCAGACAACAGCUUCUUGUCCAAACAUAAAUAUAUAGCUGCUGCUGCUUCUGCCUCACAUGUGUUUGUGAGUCAACAACACAAUUAUGUUUACACCAUCAGUGUGUUUCUGAACACAACAGGAGCUCACUGCAUCUCUUAUGAAACAAUCAGUGCAAUUACCCAUAAUCCACAGUUGCUUAUUUUUACCAUUACCAUUUUUUUUAACAAUUUUACCAUUAACCAUUGCUGUUUUUUUUUUGUCUUGUCAAUGUCUGAAACUGUUGAGGGUCAGAGCUUUACAGCGCCCUCUGAUGUCAGAUGUUGACCUGGAUGUUUUGAUGAUUUUGUUGAGCUCCGUUUGAUUUAACGUUGAUUUUCGUCCUAGGCUUUUGAUUUUCUGUAUCUCACAUAAAGCAUCAAUUGUUGUUCUGGUCUAUUAUCCUGUGAACAGUGGUUUAAUGUCCUGUUCCCUAAGGAAAAAAGACUAAAUUACGUAGAAAAAAGUUCUAGAUUGUCUCUUCACUGUCAGUAUUCUGAAUUGUGUGCCUUUAAGGAGUAGGUUUUCCUGGUAAAACGUAUUGUAUUUAACAUAUACUGUAUUUGUAUUAAAUGAAAAAAUUACGUUUUCAUAU